CCUUUCGUACGACUGCAACACCUGCACGGGCGCGGCGACUCCUUGGUGCGGGGGGUGCUACUGGAAGGCGAAAAGCCACUCUGAAGACAACGGCGCGGGCCGCUAGAAGUCUGUGUCCCAACCAGCGCUGGCGAGGGCACGUGCUCAGCUGCACUGUCCUCGCAGCCCUCGCACUCACGCGGCGCCUGGAAUGCACUGCACAGUACCGCCUUCCCGUCCUGACGUCGGCGUACUCUCCACGCAGGCGUGUGCUACCCGUCGCCGCCUGCGCCGCCGUCGCCGCCCUCGUCCCCGCCCUCGCCGCCCGCGUCGCCCUCGCCGCCGCGUCCUCUCUUUCUUCCGCCGCGCACCGUGACACCUCCGCCACCUCCGUCGCCGCCGCCCUCCCCGCCGCCCGGCGAACCCUCCUCCGCCGUCCCCCGCUCCUCUGCGUUUCGCUUCUACGACAGCGACACGUCGCUAAUGCUCCCGUCGGUCUCUGUCGCGGCGGCCCUCGUCCUCGUCUUUCUGAUGGUGGGGUGGUGCCGCCGCCGGGGCGUGUUCCGACGGUACCAGCUGCGCCGCCGUCCCCAGCACGCAGCAGAGGGCUACGGCGGCGCGUACCCCUCCACCAACCCACGCGAGCUCAAGGCCUUCCUCGAGCUGCCGACACGUACCAUGCCCCAGCCGGCAGCAGCGGGCGGGCGCGAGGCUGGCGGCGGCGAGGGCGGCGGCUGCGGCGGCGGUAGCGAGACAGGCGUCGCCGGCGCCAAGGGCAGGGCUGGCGAGGGCGGCGGCGAGGGCGGCGGCGAGGGGGGCGGCGGCGUGGCUGCCCCAGGCGAUGGGGCGGAGUGUGCGAUUUGCAUCGGUCCGUUCCUGCCGGGGGAGGUGCUCACCCGGCUCCCCUCGUGCGGCCACGAGUUCCACCAGAGCUGCAUCUGCCACUGGCUGGCGAGCAAGCACGUGCACCGGCCGACCUGCCCCCUCUGCAAGGCGGUGGUGGUGAGGCCGCCGUUUCACGAGCACCGCCUGGCUCCUCGCCCCGCCCCGCCUGCCGCCGCCCGCACCUCCUACGACACCAUCCCCGUCGUCGACGAGCACGGCCGCCUCUUCCUCCGCCCGGACCCCAGGCUCGCGCGAAGCAACGACGCAGCCUCCGGCAGCGGCGGCGCCGGCGGUUGCGGCGGCGCCGGCAUCGCCGACGCCGGCGCGGCGCUGCCCGCGCCUUGCGCCUCUGCCGCCGCCACUGCCGACGCCGCCACCGCCGGCGCCACCGCCCGCGCCACCGCUGACGUCGAGGCCGCCGCCGGUGCCUCCUCCUCCCCCUCCCCCCCCUCCUCUACCUCCUCCCCCUCCCUGCAGCGCUAAGAGGUGAGCCGCGAGGGCCUCGGGAGGUGCGAGGGGCGCGGAGAGAGGUUAGAUUCCGGGCGCGUUGCAAAGGGCAUCGCUCGCCCUCGCCGUGCGGAGUGCGCUGUGCGCGCGCUCUAACGCAGGCGCUGUAUUCGUCCUUGUGGUGACUCCUGUAUCUGUGCGCGACCUUGUACACGUGGGUGUCGCAGCGGCGCUGACUGUCUGGUGUAAUGCGCUGUCUUUUUUGGAGAGCUACCCUCCUACGGUAG